UGAACGCCACGCUCGUGAAAAUCACGAAGAAUAUCCCCAGGACGAACAGGCAGUCGCUAAAAGGUCAAGGAGAGCGUGACUCUCUCUCGCCUUCUCUCGAACCCAUCCGUAAACGCAUACCGAAUAUUUUUGUCAGCCGGAAAUCCGUGCGCGCUGCAUCAAUACCCCAAAAUGGCCUCUCAAUCGAGCCAAAAGCCAAUCCACUCGAUCAUAAUCGAUACCGGUCCACUGAUCAAAAACGCCAUCUCAAUCUCUACAAUCGUAAACUCCGCGGAAGAACUCUAUACGACCCCCGCGAUCAUCUCAGAAAUCCGCGAUGCCGCCACUAGGUCAAGAGUGGAAACAACCUUAAUGCCUUUCCUGAACAUCAGAACCCCGUCACCUGCGAGCUACGAAGCCGUCGCCGCUUUUGCGAAGAAGACCGGAGAUUUUGCAGUGUUGAGCAAGCAGGAUUUGGGCAUCCUGGCACUAGCGUAUGAAGUGCAUUGUGAGAGCCAUGGUGGGCCUUGGGGCUUGAGAAAUGCGCCAGGACAAGCCUUGACCACUAGGCCGAUGAAAAAGGCUGGGGAAAAGAAGGAAUCAGAGAAUGACGAGAAGCAGUCCGAAGAGUCGCAGGAGAAGAGCGGAGAGGAAAGUGCGCAACAAGAACUAGAAUCCGACCGGUUUGAAGAGACCCCUGCUCAGGAUCAGUUCUCACCAGAAGAGAAGCCAUUGGAAGAAAGAACUACUUCUAAGCACAAGGACAUUGAACAAGAGUCGACAACAGAAGAGAAGACAGUGGAAGAAGAGGUUCACCCGCAAGGAGAAUCUCUCAAACAACAGACACCAUCAGAACCGACGCCAGAGGCCACCGAGGCAACAUCAACCGCCCAGUCUCUCGAAAAGGAUCUCUCAACCCUGCAUGUCUCGUCACCAGCAAAUGAAGCUCAAGAAGCACCAGCAUCGCUAACCCAGGAUGACGAUUCGUCCGACGGCGAAUGGAUAACCCCCACCAACCUCGCCAAGCACCAAGCCAAAGCCGCUGCCGCCACCGCUCUCGCCACCGAGCAAACGCAAAUGAGCGUCGCCACCAUGACCACCGACUUCGCCAUGCAAAACGUCCUCCUCCAGAUGAACCUAAACCUCCUCUCCACUAACAUGCAGCGCAUCAAGAAGCUCAAAACACACAUCCUGCGCUGCCACGCCUGCUUCUUCACCACCAAGCAGAUGGAUAAGCAAUUCUGCCCGCGCUGCGGCCAAGCGACCCUCAACCGUGUAUCAUGCACCACGAAUGCCAAGGGCGAGUUCAUGAUCCACCUUGCGAAGAACUACCAAUACAACAACCGCGGGAAUCGGUACAGUGUCCCCAAGCCGAUUGCUGGCACGAGCAGUGGGAAGUAUACGGGCAAGGGAGGCGGCAAGAAUGGGUGGGGCAGGGAUUUGGUGUUUGCGGAGGAUCAGAAGGAGUAUGUCAGGCAGAUCGAUGAGGGGAAGAGGCAUAAGGCGAAGGAUCUGAUGGAUGAGGAUUAUCUGCCGAGGAUACUCACAGGGGAUCGGGGGAGAGUUGGGGGAAGACCGAAGGUUGGCGCGGGAAGAAAUAUCAACUCGAGGAAGAGAUUCUAGGUCACCUAGGGUUAGAAAGGCGUGUUGCAUCUAAUGGUUGGGCGUUUGCGGCAAGACGGCGGCACCAUGCGUUAGGAAACGUGUUGAUGACCGGGGAUAUGGGAAUGGUUCACGAUAUAGAAAGCAUUAGACGCACAUCUAGAACUAUAAGGCCUGAAUUGAAAUGAAUUGGGGUAUCUC